GAAGUUAGAGAUGAUUGAUGAUGAAGUCUUGGGAUUCCUUGCCAACUUUCUUGGCAUUUUCAUUUUUGCUUUGGUUAUAGCAUAUCACUUGGUUGUGGCCGACCCCAAAUAUGAAGCUAGCUAGAAUACUUUGAAUUUUCUGAUGUGUUUGAGACAAAAAGGUUUUGAUUGAUUUGGUUCUGUAAGGUCAGCUUAUAUGACUUAAUAUUGGUGAAACCAGAAUUUUGUGGCUUAUGCCAAUUACAUUUUUCAAUAUUUAAAAGCAUGCUUGAUUCUUA